AUGGAAAAGCAAUUGAAAACAAUCAAACAUGUUUAUUCAACAGUUUAUCAUGGUGAACAACGAUGUAUGCAAAAUGCAAACUUCUUAUCCGUUAAUAACGCAAUUGUCUAUCCAAAUGAUAAACUUUUAUACAAAAAGUCAGAUAACACGAUCGAUUUCAUCGAUCUUUCGACGAUCAAUAAGAGUGUAUUCUUCGAUAAAGGUUCAAAUCAAGAUACAGUUUAUGGAAAUGUCGUACAAAAAUAUAGUUUAGCCAAGUCGCAUCUAAGCUUCAAUCCUGACGAGUACGAAUGCGAAAUGAUCGACACUGGUGAAACAUUCAUCCUAAAUCUAAUCGAUAAAAACUUGCCCACCAUCAUUGCUGUAUCAGAGAUCUAUCCAACAUAUUUCGAUCUUGGAUUAUGUUCACAAAGGUCCAAUCCGGUGUGUUUAGAUUUUAGGCAUCGCAUACUUGACAAUUUAAAACAUUCUGGUGAUAUUAACAUCGUAGGUUCAGCUGGAAGCACGUUGUUACAUUGUAUAUCCGGUCAAUUCAAUCCUGGAAUGAAAUACGUUACGGUUAUUUCGGGAUUUCAAUCGACUCCAUUGUAUCGAUACCUGGAACGACGACCGAUCGUCACAAUUAUCGAUCACGAAAAGAAAAUUAUCUACGUCAUUCCGGUUCCAUUAGAUGAGUUUACCAUCGGACAAUCCACAAUAUGUCUACCGAUUGGUAUUACAUGUUUAGAGAGUUCAGAAAACUCCAAGCAAAGAUUAUUAAUUGAAAUAUUCUCGAAUACAAAAUCCUGUGAUAGUUAUAUACCAGAUUUAUCAUCUACGGCUCGAGAUACAGUUGCUCAAUCAAUUGAAAUGAUCAGCUCAGAUAUACCAAUUGAGAAAGUAGUCAAUGAAACGGUGAAAGUCAAUAUUUCUCAUGAAAUCGAAGUCGACCAGGACGAGGAAUAUAAAAUUCCAUCGAUGGGUGAACAUUCUGUUCUUAUCUAUAGUGGCGUUGAUGAAAUCGGAGAUUUAACGAAAAAAAUCAAUCCAGACAUACUGAUCCGAUCGAUGAACACACACAUUAUCUACAGAAAACAAAAUGAUAAAUAUGAAUUACAUCCGGAAUAUCAUGACAUGAACUCCAAAGAAGAAUUAAAUAUAGGUCAACAGCAUUUUCCGAAUUUAUUACCUAUGGAAGGCGGAUCGAUUCUAUUCGCCAGUAAAACCGUUCCUAGGUUGAACUCGAAUCAAUCUGUAGUCGAUCAAAUCCACCAGACGAUCUUUCGAAAUACUUUUCCAGUAUUCAUCAUUGGUCCGAUGGAUGAUUUAUGUCGUCAAGCUGCAACAAAACUUAAAUUCAACGCAAUCUACAUUCGCAUUGUCGACUAUCCCGGUGAGGAGAUUAUGAUCGAUGACGUUAAACGAAACACGUUUCUCGAAAAUGCAUGCAUGAAUGGUGUGACAGCAUACGCGGGACCAUUAUCUCUUGUUUUCAUCGCCAUUCAAAAUCCAACGACGAAGAAUUUUCAAUAUUUUUAUGUGGAUGGUAUUCGUCACGAGAAUUUCAUCGAUACGAUUCCACUGUUCGGUGCUGACGUAACAAGCCUCAUCGAAUCCAAGCUGACGGAACGUGAGCCAAUGCAAAAUUCGAUUGUCGAUCUCACUGACGAAAAAGUUCUGUUCAAAAAAGAUUUUAUACCAUUCUCAGACUUUCGAGUACAGCUACUGGUGAUGUCAUUGGAUGAAAUGGUCGCGAAUAAAGCUGAUAUACUCGAUGUGAUUUCUCAAUGUCAACGAAUCUACGGACACGAAAUGAUGCGUAAAUGUUCAGAUGAAUUACUUCUAUUGUUAGAAAGCAAAAUCAAUGAAGUCAUCAGUGAGUGUAAGAAAUCAUUUUGCCUCGAUUUACAAUCGGAUAAACAAAAGCUAGCGAAUGAAGUCGGUCGAGUCACAGGUAUGAUUCGCAAAAUAAAACAGAGUGUUCAAGACUUGGUAGAUAAAAUCGGAUUGGCUAUAUCGAAACGAAGACAAUCGUCCAUUCGAUUCAACUUGGCUCAAUUAAAGAAGAAGGAAACGAUCAAGCAAAAUGUUCAACGAGCUUUACACAUGUCCUAUCAAGAUUUUUCAGAUUUACUGGACGAAUUAUGUAACAAAUCCGGCGUGUUAUGGUUAAAUCUCGAUUCACAAUACUUACUUCUGAUGUUAAAAGCAAUCAAAGAGAAUGAAAUGCACAAAUAUAUGACCGAACCAAUUUUACCCUUAAUUCGUUGCCGAAAUGGCGAUUUCAAUAUUGAUUCAUUUACAAUAUCGAUUCUCUUAGAACAAACCGCACACAACCGAUUCGAUCCUAUUCGACCACAACAAGUCGAUGGUAUUGUCACAAGUUUACCUGUCUCGGCAACACCGGAAGGCUUGCAAACAAGUUCGUGGUUCUUUCCUUUAUUUGAUAGAUACAAAGAUCUACAAGUUCCCUAUGAUGUCAAUUGGAUAAACGAAGCGAAUCAUCCUGACAUAGCAUCAUUUCGUAUUCUCGCACGAAAUACAAUAUCCAAUGCGUCGAUUUUGCGCGAUUUACAAUUGAACAUCCAACCACAAGACGUUAAUAUCACACGAUUUUUAAUUUACAUUACUUUAUCAGCGAUGGAUGAAUUGAUCAAACAGCGCUCGAACAGUUCCGAGUCGAUUGACUUCAAUGAUACAUUCUCAGUUAAUAUUCGAUGUUUGUUAUGCAGUUUAUUAACUUAUACGGCCUCCGGAAAUGUUCCGGCGUCGUUUGCUUGGCAAUUAUUUACUCGGUGUAGUCGUCCGGAUAUACCAAAAGAAAGAUUCGAAUGGGGAAUUUACGCUCGAACUGUUGAAUACGUUCAAUACACUGGCUGGAACUUAGAAAAAUUGAAAUUCAAUGUUCGUGCGUUGUUAUGUCGAAUGUUGAAUCAAGUCGUUCUUCGAGUAACUAAACCGUUUCGUGAAAGUGAAAUUAAAGAGAAAAAAUCGAAAUUCGGCGAGGAAUACAUUCGCCGAUUGCACACAAUUUAUUACCCCCAUUAUGAAAAAUUGGUUCGUUAUUGCAUACAUAUCCGAGAGACCAACGAGCCAAUCGAUCAAGAAAAAGUCGAUGAAAUAUUUCGUGUGUUAGGAGUAUUCGACAAUCGUCGAUAUCGCGUUGGAAGUAUUUAUCAGUUGCGACGGUCUUUGAAACACAAAUUUCAAAAUCGAAAGUUCGAUGAUCAAUUAAUUAAUUGUAUUUUAUACAAAUGGGAUAACUAUGACAGGAGAUACAAAUUGGAACUCGAUGAAUUUACGAAAAAUGUCUUUUUCAGUUCGUCAUCUACAGAACAGUUCAACGCUAAUUCAGUACUAGCUGUGGUGAAUGAUUUUCGAUCAAGAUUAAUCACAGAACGACCGAAAGUGUUAUCGAUGAUUCAAAAAGAAACUCAGCCAAUUACAAAUCACGAUGAAAUUCAAACUUUGUUAACACUCAUCGAAUCAUCAAUUCCAAACAAAGACCAGUUAUCAGAUGAUGAUUUGAACAAGCUUUCCGCCUGUCUGGAUGAUAUUCACAAAAACGAAAACAAACUUUGGCAACCAUUCAAUCCAUUUCCGCAAUUCAUACAAGAAAACAACAUCGAAAAACUGUUUACUGAGAAUGAUCAGCAAGAAACUGUGCAGGUUGAAGACAAUCAAGAUAUUGUUUUAUAUAGAGAUAUGUUCAAAGAACAUUACUGUGGAGUUUUGGAACAAAUUGCAUAUGAUUCGUGUCAUUUGAGAUUAGAUGGCCUUUUACAACAGACACCAUUGAACUCAAUCGACGAAUUUAUUACCUUAGCAAAAUUUGCGGGAUUCGGACAAACGUAUGACGAGAUUGCGCGAAUGACCAAGACAAUUAUCCAUUCGUUAUUAAUCAAUUGCAAAAAAUCAGCGGACGAAGGAGAGAGGCUGGCACUAGUAGAACUUUUUUAA